GAGAGUUACACAGCCACCAUGUGUGCUCUACCAUAAACCGUGAUAAUAGACUAUGUCUGGAGUUAUUUACACGCUUUUCUGGCGUAUUUUUCGACAUAAAAGCCACUUAUGUCGGUUCUGGUUGGUUGUUUAAGCACCGUGGUGCUCUGUUGUAUCGCGUAGCGUUGUACGGGAACGACAAAACCCGCCCUGACUUGAAUGUUUGGUGGGAGAAACACGCGACCUGGCAACCCCCGGGCGGUCUCGCCAGUACUUAAAGAGGAACCCAGGUAAACGAUGUUGCUCUGAGGUCGGAUCUUUCAGAUGAGACGACGUCCACGAUGAAGAAAAGAGCCAGAAAGGCCCCGGAGCCGGAGCCGGACGACACGCUGUGCUGCUGCGAGUACGUGGACCGGCAUGGUGGGCGGAGUCACAUGGCAGCGUGCUGCUGCGACUGUGAGGAUCUGGACGAGGCGUGCGACAGGUGGAUGAAGAGAGAACCCCAAAAACUGGAUUCUCUGACCCGGGUGACCGACACAGUGAGCGAUCGACUGCGGGUGCCCUGGAUCUCAGGAGCAAUAAAGGUUGACCUGUCAAUGAUCCCACCUCUCAUCCUGCUUCCUGUCCUCUUACACGUCGCCGCUCUGCAUUACCUGUUGGGCAUUGUGGUCCUGACGGCGCUGCCCGGCAUGCUGCUGUGGUAUUACUACUUCACCCACCGUAAGAAGGGGCGUACGCUGUUCUUCCUCAGCCUUGCCCUGUUCUCCCUGUUCUACAUGUACUACCUCUUCCUCACUGAGGUCACCCCGAGAGGCGACGUCACAGAUUUCCAGCUGGGUGUUGUCACGAUAGGCGUGGCGCUGACUCUCAUCGCCCUGGCGCGUACCAAGAAAGGGCCGGGUUACGUCAGACCCGGCGCCUCCGAAAUUCACAGCACGGUGUCCUAUUACGCCCCGCUGCCGGAGAUAGACCCCGCCUACCUCAAAGGCUCCCGGCAUCAGGUGGUCAUCGCUAAUCGAGCGAGUCCUCCCGAGCAGGGCACCGGGGAAUCGGGACAGGAAGACGGUGACGGGAGGAACUGGUGUCAGGUCUGCAAGCUGGUGAAACCGCCAAGAGCCGGGCACUGCAGAAUCUGUGGUGUGUGUGUCCUCCGCAUGGACCAUCACUGUGUUUGGAUUAACAGCUGUGUGGGUCAGGCCAACCACUGCAGCUUCUUGUUGACGCUCUUCCUCUUCCUGAUGACCUCUCUGUAUGGGAUCAGCCUUGUGAUGCGCAGCGUGUGUCCCACUCAGAACCUCCCGACAGCCCUGUUCUACUGCCCGGACGUCUACAGUCAGUUCAGCUCGGCCUUGUGCUUCACGUGCGCCUGGUACAGCAGCAUCGUUACCGGCGGGCUGCUCCACCUGCUGCUCCUGCAGCUCAUCAACGUCAGCUACAACGUGACGGAGCGCGAGGCUCGGGCCGCUCUGAGGAACAAAACGGGACGGAGCAUGAUCUGGGGCCUCGAUACGGGUGCGUAUUCGCGCGGUCUCCUCGCCAACUGGACAGAAUUUCUGACUAUGGGGGAGGGUUUAGAGACCCGGGCCCUGAAACCUGCAGAUCUGGUGUGAGACGAUUAUUUUGAACAAGCGGGACUGAUGCUGGGUAAUCAGGAAACGUUAUGUUUGGCUAAGAUGUUCAUGGUGAGAAGAUGCCUUUUCAAGGAUCGUCCAUCGUGUAGUUUGGACUCUGAUUCCUGUACGAUCCAAGAACAUGUUUUUAUAUACUAUUUGUCUUAAAAUUAGUUUACUACACAGCCUUAAAAUAGCCAAAUGUAACUGUUUCCACUGUAGGUUCAGUCCUAAGGUUGGUUCAAUUGUUCUGGUGAUGAAGUUAAAGCUCAUGGAAUCGACUCACCAUGGCUUGGAAGCUGGUAGUCCUCUUAUUAUCCACUAGAUGGAAGCAGUAAGCUGUAGUUCAUCUGGCUAGACCCAAAUCACAAUCACAAAUGCCUCAUCAGCUCCUCUGGAUGGAGAGGGUCCGGGUAUCGAACUGUUAGCCCGGUCCAUCCAUCAUCAAUCUGUGCGAAUCAUAAUAAGCCAUAUAACCUUAUGUCAUGAAUCCAUAAUGCUGUGGAUGUAUCGUGAGCUGCUGGGUUUCUACUCCGCUCUCCGUCUCCUCACCCCAGAAUGCACCAUUUUAUGAUCCAGCUUGAUUUAGUGCCUUGCCGAAAUGUGAAAAAUAAAUAGAGACACAAAACACGGUGUCCAGGAUAUCACACGGCUAUAAACCUGUGAUGGCAUCACAGCAUCUCAGGAAUGUGCAAGAUGUCGAGGACAGUGUGUGUAUGACUUGUGGGUUUAUGUUGCUCUCCUUGGGAAACAUGUCUCAUAAUGACCAUGUCUGUCUAGUCAAGUCACUAUUUUCGGAAUAUGUCUUGUGUUCACUUAUUUUAACUUUGGGAUGCCCAAAUGAUCUCGGCAUCAAUCAUGCAGUGUUUUAUAAUUCAUCGGUGACCGUCUGAUUGUGACACGUGUACAAAUAAAUCAGAUCAGAAUGUCUAAACUGUA